AUGGAUAAGGCUUGGAUUGAAUGUAGUAGAACAUCACCUGAGUAUGAUAAAGGGGUCAAAGAUUUCUUGAAUUUUGCUGUUGAAAAUGCCAAGGAUGCUAGCAUCAUUAGAUGUCCAUGUUAUGAAUAUUUUCUGUUUGAGUCUAUGGACUACAACGAUGGUAACACAGUGGAUAUGGUGAAUGAUGCUUACAAAAAUUGUUAUGGAGAUCCUAAGGCAUUUAGGGAACUACUAGAACAGGCUCAGAAACCUUUGUACCCAGGAUGUACAAAAUUCACUAAGUUAGGCACUUUGGUGAAGUUGUUCAAUAUCAAGGGUAAAUUUGGAUGGUCUGAUAAUAGUUUUACCAAAAUGUUGAGUUUUCUGACAGAAUUGUUGCCUGAAAACAAUGAAAUUCCAGAAUCCAUGUAUGAGGCGAAGAAAACAAUAUGGAAGAAAAAUGAUGGUAGAGUUGACCAAUAUAGGAAUGGUGUACCUGCGAAGGUCUUAUGGUACUUCCCACCCAUUCCUAGAUUUAGGCGUAUGUUUCAGUCAUCUCAAACUGCAAAGGACUUGACUUGGCAUGCAAAUGCGAGGGCCAUUGAUGGUAAGCUCCGACAUCCGGUUGAUUCACCAUCAUGGAAGCUAGUUGAUGAGAAAUGGCCUACAUUUGCAUCGGAACCUAGAAAUCUUCGUCUUGCCCUUUCAGCUGAUGGAAUCAAUCCACAUAGCUCUCUUAGUAAUACAUAUAGUUGUUGGCCAGUUCUUCUUAUAACAUACAAUCUUCCGCCAUGGUUGUGUAUGAAACGGAAAUUUAUGAUGUUGUCCCUAUUGAUUUCUGGUCCUCAACAACCGGGCAAUGACAUUGAUGUGUACUGGGCUCCUUUGAUAGAAGAUUUACAAAUUUUGUGGGAUGUUGGGGUAGAUGCUUCUGAUGCCAACAAAAAAGAAUUCUUUAAUUUAAGAGUUGUGUUACUAUGGACUAUAAAUGACUUUCCAGCAUAUGGGAAUUUAGCAGGUUGCACCGUUAAAGGGUACAAUGCCUGUCUAUAUUGUGGUGUAAACACUUCCAAAUGCAGACUAAAACAUAGUAGAAAAAAUGCAUAUAUGGGUCAUCAUCGGUGGCUUCCUUCUAAUAAUGAAUUCAAAUGCCAAGUGAAAGCCUUUGACAACACAAUAGAGCAUGACCAAGCUCCGAAAUCGUUGAACGAUUAUUGGAAGUACUUGCUGGUGCGACAUCAAUUAGAUGUUAUGCACAUCGAAAAAAAUGUGUGUGAGAGCAUAUAUGGAACACUGUUGCACAUUCCUGGAAAGACCAAAGAUGGUCUUAAGUCAAGGAAGGAUCUUGUGGAAAUGAAAAUUAGGGACAAAUUAGCACCAUUAGUAAAAGGUAAGCGUACCUUUCUUCCUCCAGCUUCGUACACAUUAACUAGAGAUGAAAAGACAAGCUUUUGCAAAACUUUGAAGAGUAUCAAGGUUCCUGAUGGGUAUUCGUCAAACAUCAAGAAUCUUGUGUCAAUGAAAGACUUUAAACUUCAAGGCCUAAAGUCCCAUGAUUGUCAUGUUCUUAUGCAACAACUUUUACUCGUUGCACUUCGGUGUGUUUUGUCAAAGCAUGCCAAUGAUGCUAUUAUCAGGUUUUGUUUCUUCUUCAAUUCCUUUUGUGCAACUGUGGUUGAUGUGUCAAUAUUGGAUAAAUUGGAGACGGACAUCGUAGUGACUUUGUGCUUGUUGGAAAAAUGUUUUCCCCCAUCUUUUUUCGACAUUAUGGUUCAUCUUACUGUGCACUUAGUCAACGAAGUUAGACUUUGUGGUCCUGUCUAUCUUCAUUGGAUGUAUCCUUUUGAGAGAUAA